AGCAGCGGGCACAGCCCCGCCUCGGCACGGCCUUUAUAGCGGCCGCCGGCACCCGCACCAGCACCAGCGGCUGCGCCUGCUUCUGCCUCCGAGCCUGCCCGCCGCGCUCCUCCGCCGAAACAAAAUAAUACCGAUAGAGGAACGAACUGAGAAGCUAACUAACAACAUGAAGUUAUUCAUCUUCCUCACAGUAACCCUGGGCACACUUGCCACUGGACUAGAUUCUGCUUAUAGCAAGAAGCACUACAAAUUGCCAUAUAAACACAGAUCAUAUCACAAAGAAUGCCAUUGUUUGAAUGGAGGAACCUGCAUUACCUAUUACCUCUUCAGGGGAAUUAUCCGUUGCAUAUGCCCAGAAGGAUACACUGGGACUCACUGUGAACUAGAUGUUGACAGCAUGUGCUACACUGAGGAUGGGGAGGACUACAGAGGAAUGGCAACAGAAGAUGAGUGUCUGCCAUGGGACCUUCCCUCUGUAAUCAGGAGGGCUCCCUUCCAUGCUCACUUGAAGAAUGCUUUGCAGCUUGGACUGGGAAAGCACAGCUACUGCAGAAACCCAAAUGGAAGGAGCAAGCCCUGGUGUUACACCAAAAAGAGAUUCACCAUUCGAGAAACACCCUGCAACAUGGACAAGUGUGGACCUGCAUGUGGUCAAAGGAGCAUCAGCAAGUACUUCAAGAUUGUUGGUGGAAGCCAGGCAGAGGUUGAGUCUCAGCCUUGGAUAGCUGGCAUCUUCCAGACUAGAAGGGGCACUGACCAAUUCCUGUGUGGUGGCAGCCUCAUUGACCCCUGCUGGGUGCUUACAGCAGCACACUGUUUUCAUGACCCGUCAAACCCACUAGACAAAUCCAGGUACAAAGUCUACCUUGGAAAGUCCAUGCUGAACGUUACUGAUGAUAAUGAACAAGUAUUCAUGGUUGAUGACAUCAUUUCUCACCCAGAAUUUACAGAUGAGACAGGUGGCAAUGACAAUGAUAUUGCUUUGAUAAGGAUAAGAACAUCUACUGGGCAGUGUGCAGUAGAAUCCAAAUAUGUCAGAACAGUCUGCUUGCCAGAGAAGAACCUUGACUUACAAGAGCACACCCGGUGUGAAAUAUCUGGCUAUGGGAAACAAGAUCUUUAUGACUAUUCUUAUGCUCAAAGACUGAUGUCAGCCACUGUAAACUUAAUAUCACAGAGAAAAUGCAAAUAUCAAUACUAUGAUGAUGUCAGAGUUACUGACAACAUGGUCUGUGCUGGAGAUCCCACAUGGAUGACUGAUGCAUGCAAGGGAGAUUCCGGUGGCCCCAUGGUCUGUGAGCACAAUGGCAGGAUGAUACUUUAUGGGAUUGUCAGCUGGGGAGAUGGCUGUGCAAGGGAAAACAAGCCUGGUGUUUACACUAGAGUUACUCGAUACCUUAACUGGAUUGACUCCAAUAUGAAUGCAGUUACUACCAAGAAUCGUUUUGUUCCUGAACCAAAGUGACCUUUUGUCUACAGCUGGACUCAAAUGCACAAGAUUAAGCCUAUACUGAUGCCAGGACACUGAAGUCCUGAAUGACAUGAGAGGCUUUUGUUUUAAAUGCUUGUGUGGUCUGCCACUCCCAUCGGUGCUCCUGAGGCAGAGAGAUGGUUGAUUAUUAUCUUACUUACUCUGAAUUGCCUGAAAACCACUCAGUGGGAAGCUGAAAUAUUUAACUCUUAAAUGAAUAUUCCCAUGCACGAUACUAUGCAAUAUUGUUAUCUGUCCACUCUAAUUUAUGAACCAGCAUUGGUCUGGAAGUAUUGGUACAGUUUUAACUUAUUUGACUCAAGUCUUCAUUUUAUACAUGGCCUGAGUUUAAAAUCUUUCCUUAUCACACUGAACAAUACUAAGAUUCAGGUCUUGGAAACCUAACUUGUUAAGACCAGUACUGAGAAGAGUGAUCAGGUUUAGCAUCAGAAGGUGAAAGAAGCUGAAUUGGCAUUAUUAUCACUAAUGUGUAAAGGAGGACCAAAGCCUGCUUAGACUGACACAACACUUGGUGUGCAGGGUUCAUUGCAACAGACCCAACAUGUAGUAACGUCUAAGGAUAUCACCUGUAGCUGUGUCCGUGUUACAAACUCUUAAUGUGUUCCAUUUAAGAACUAUGCUGCAAGAAGGCAAAUGGAAACCUGACUGACUUCCAGGUCCCAUUUGAAGGUGUCUGGGUCACUGGAAAGCCUGAUUAUGUAACCCUUUUCCAGUACCUCUGCACCCAGGAGAGGAUUUAAGGACUGUGCACCCACUGAAUGCUGCAGGUGCCAAGUCAAAACUUAUUGCCAUUAAUUUUACUGAUAUUAUAUGGUAACUGCUUCUUUUUUUCCCCCCAAGACUUAUGCUGAUUUUAUUUUGAAACUUUUUUUUUGUUUUAUAGAUUUGUGUUAUUUCUAUGAGGGCUGGAACCUCACCCUUUAUUUAAUUAUUUUUACUGUCUUUAACUUAUUGUUUGUAUUAAAGAUGUUAAAAUAUCAUUAAAGAAAAUCCUAUUAUUCUUA